CGGGUGUGGGAGAUUGUUUUUCUGAGGGUCGCUCCGUUUUCACGUGUCUUUAGCUGAAGGAGGGGGGAGUGUUGUAGCCCCCCCUCCCAAGAGUGGAGAUUAGGGGUAGAGCAGUAGGGGCUCAGAAUCUUGAAAAUUGGCUUGUGUUGUUGCUCCCAUAUUGUGGGACUGCGACCCCCAUCCUCUCCAGCCAGCAUGGACCAAGGAGACGAGUUGGAGCCCGACAUGUCUGCAAAGCUCAGCAUGGAGGAAGGCUGUAGCAAGUCCAAAACCUUUCUUCUGGAAACCACCAUGCUUUUUCUAGACCAUGUGCUAGAGAAGGGUUGAUCCGUGCAUCAUAGCCACCUCUUCCCCUGAAUAGAAUUUCCAACUAAAGAAUUUUCUGAGAGGACACACAGUGGCGAUGACCUGGUCCCCGGGACACCACGAGGAUGGGGCCUGUUCCUGCCACUCUGCGGCACCACAGGGUGUUCACCAGACUUUGGAUGAGAUGGAUUUUGAGAGAGGGAUCUGGAAUGCUGCAUUGAAUGGAGACCUAGAGGGGGUCAAGAGACAUGUCCUGAGCCAUGGGAAGCCCAGUGAGCCAGACCCUUUUGGAUACACAGCUUUGCACUAUGCGAGUCGCAAUGGGCAUUAUGACGUCUGCCGUUUCCUUCUGGGGAGUGGAGCUUCCUGCAAUGCCUGCACCCACGGCGGGGCCACCCCCUUGCAUCGAGCAGCUUACUGUGGUCACACAGCAAUAGCCAAGCUACUGCUGGACCAUGGAGCUGAUCCAGCUGCCACAGAUGACGAUGGAAAGACCUGUCUGCACAAGGCAGCAGAGAAUGGGCACCAGGAAGUCUGCGAGAUCCUCUUGGAGCACCACUCUCGGCUGAGGCAUCUGCAGGACAACAACCAGAGACGCCCCAGUGACUUGGUUCCUGCCGAGAACGAAGGCUUGCGGAGGAAACUUUUGGAUCUGUGAUUUGUCCAUUGACAACCUGGCUGUUCCCUGAGCUGAAUGCCCAUGUUCCGUCUUCUCUCCCGAUAUUACAAAGAAGCAAGUGAACUGAA